AUGAUUAUCUCUAUAGUUACCCAUCUUUUCUAUGAGAAGCAGUACCUGAAAUUUGACAAAAAGGCAGUUGGAUUGCUCAUUCUUCUUCUUCUGCUGGUGUUCAAUGCUUCUGUCCAGUAUAGCACUCGAAAUCAUCAGUUUUGGAAACCAAAUUAUCUCCCGAAGAUCCAAAAAAUUGUUAGUGAAAAUGAAGCUUUGCUUCCUUUCAUCACUUCAUAUGAGAAAAAUUAUGAUGAAUGUGUGGAGACAGCAUUCCAGGAGUUGUAUGAUAGUGGAUUUCACUUUACAUACUGCAAGUAUCCGCGAGGCAAUGGAAAGUUGUCAGUAACGAUAAUUGGUAAUAGCUACUGUACAAAUCUCAACGAACACAUCCGUACUCAAUUUCAUCAUAACUAUUCCGAAUGGAGAUCUCUUUGUAUUGGGGGCAGCUUCGGCUUCUUCCACGACAACGGUUAUCAUGGAGCUGCGUCUCUUAUAACAAUGAAGAAUCAAGUGGCCACUCAUAAACCGGAUGUUUUGUUUAUAGCUGCAAGAUACUCUGACUUCUUAAAAAGUCCAAUUUUUUACGAGGAAGAUGACGAAAUUGUGAAGCAGAUGAACAGCAACAUUGCAUUUUAUGAGCAAUAUGUUAAGAAAAUCUACAUCUUGGCCCCACACCCCUUAUACCCUCUAAACUUCUUGAAUGUAUUCUUGGAUUAUGUAACCCGUAGACCAACUGAGCUAGAGACAUUACACCUGAACAGAGACGCAGUUGACAGGGAUUUGCUGUAUGCGAGGGAAAGAUUCAAGUUGAUCAAUUGCAAAAAGUGCAAGGUUUUCGACUUGGGCAAGGUGUUUCGCGAUAACGACAAAUAUUUAUCUUUUGACCGAAAAACGAUGUUGUCUUACAUGGAUACUGGCAUCCAUUUCACUGGACCAGGAAUGACAAAGUGUGACCCAGUUUCGACCAUAUAG